AUGCCAUCAAACGAACACCUCAUCUCACUCGCGCGUCGCUUCCGUGUCCUCAUCGCAGGCGCCUCCUACGGCGGCCUCAGCGCAGCCCUCACCCUCCUUGACCUCUCCCGCGGCCAAGCCUCCCGCUUCAACUACGACUCGGAGAUCAAACCACCUCAACACCACAUCCCAGUAGACAUCACGCUGGUAGACGAGAAAGACGGAUUCUACCAUCUGAUCGGCUCCCCACGAGCGCUGGUAGACGAGCAAUUCGCCUCAGACACGUGGACGCGUUUCUCGGAUAUCAAGGCUCUCCAGUCGCCGCAUGUGCGCUUUAUCCGGGGAGUUAAGACGGCAACGAUCCUUGACUCGGUGGUGGGGACGAGCAGGGAAGAAGGGUAUGACUUUUUCAUAGCGGGGACGGGGCUGCGAAGGGUGUUUCCUACUGUUCCACAGAGUCGAACGCGAGAGGAGUUUCUGGCGGAGGUGAGGGAGAAUACUGCCGAUGUGGUGAAUGCGCGGCAGGGGGUGGUCGUUGUUGGUGGAGGCGCCGUGGGAACGGAAAUGGCGACGGAAAUCAAACUGCUUUAUCCUCAGCUGCCUGUUACGCUGAUACACUCGCGUGAGCGUCUUCUCUCUGCUGAGCCUCUGCCGGACGACUUCAAGGACCGUGUCGGGGCGGUCAUUCGUGAGACGGGCGUUGAGCUCAUCCUGGGGCAGCGCGUUAUCGAUACCAUUGCGGUAGAGGAGAAGACGGGACGAGUCUGGAGUCUGACGCUGGCGGAUGGUCGUGUCAUUAAGGCGGGUCAUGUCCUCAGUGCGGUUUCCCGGUGCGGGCCUACCUCGUCGUAUCUGCCACCUCAGAUCUUGGAUGAGGAGGGCCAUGUCAGAAUUCAGCCAUCGCUGCAAUUCCCGUCGACUGUACCAAAUGCGAGCCACCACUUUGCCAUCGGCGACCUGGCCGCCUGGUCCGGUGUCAAACGUUGCGGUGCCGCGAUGCACAUGGGCCACUAUGCGGGAUACAAUAUCCACCAGUUGAUGCUGGCCGAGUGCAUCGCCUCGAAGCCUACCUUUCAUGAAUUACAGGAGAUUCCGCCCAUGAUCGGGCUGUGUCUCGGUAAGACGGCUGUCUCGUAUCACCCGGUGGACGGCGUCAAGGAGGGCGAGGAUAUUCUGGCGUCCAUGUUCGGGGAUGAUAUGGCGUACAAAGUGUGCUGGAAUUAUAUGCGGCUGUCGGAGCCAUGGCAUGUCUAG